AUUAAAAAUUAAAAAAAGCGCAGCCUACAGACCAUUCUCUCUCUCUCUCUCUCCCUCCCUUCAAUGGCUCUCUUCGGUUCCAUCUCCACCACACCACUCUCCAUCUCCGUCCCCAUCCGCCGCCCUUUAUACUUUCGGCCGCGCUUUUCUCAGCCGUACGCUUCCUUGAGUUCCUCGCCAUCAUCUUCAUCCCGUGAGCCAAAACCUUCACCACCAAGUGAGCCGCUUCCAUCGACAUCUUCGUCCUCCAAACACUUCGUUGUGGAGCCCUCUACACCCUCCGAUUCAGGUCUAAACUAUGCCCUAUCUAACCCUAACGGCAACCCGGUUGCCCGUUUUGUUAGGUCCACCGAAUCGUCCAUUGAGAGGGCAAUUUUUGACUUCCGCUUCUUGGCAAUUCUGGCUGUUGGAGGCUCGUUGGCUGGCUCUCUUUUGUGCUUUCUCAAUGGCUGUGUUUAUAUUGUAGAUGCAUAUAAAGUUUACUGGACGAGCUGUGUCAAAGGGAUUCACACAGGACAGAUGGUUCUACGACUAGUUGAAGCUAUUGAUGUUUAUCUUGCAGGGACUGUCAUGUUAAUAUUCGGUAUGGGCUUAUAUGGACUAUUUAUCAGUAAUGUGGAUCCAGAUGUGCCUACCAGUCUUGAUCGUGCCCUCAAGGGCUCCUCUCUGUUUGGAAUGUUUGCUCUCAAGGAGAGGCCUAAAUGGAUGAAAAUUUGCUCACUUGAUGAAUUGAAGACAAAAGUGGGACACGUUAUUGUCAUGAUUCUAUUAGUUAAGAUGUUUGAGAGGAGCAAGAUGGUAACAAUUGCCACUGGUGUGGAUCUGUUAAGUUAUUCUGUAUGUAUUUUCUUAUCAUCUGCCUCUUUGUACAUCCUUCAUAAUCUGCGCAAAUCAGACUAGGGAUGUCUUAUCAUCUGCCUCUUUGUACAUCCUUCAUAAUCUGCACAAACAAACAAUGUAACAUUUGUUCCCACCUCAAAAAGUGAUUGUUCAUUUUCCAAAA